CCGGGUUGCCAUGGCGACGCGUGCCUGCCGGCGCGGGCUCGGGAGGGCCACGCGGGGCAGCUUUCUUGGUUGGUGUGACCCAACCGUCGGUCUAGGGAGGAGAGGGUCGGCGUGGUGAGAUUUUGCCUUUAAGAUGUCUACCAAAACUGAGAAGAAGCGAAAAGUAGGUGGCCGGGGCGGUGCCCGGGCAGGCCGGGCAGGCCGGGCUGCUGCUUCUGCUGUGGCCCCAGGAGCUGCCGAAGCCUCCCUGCUCUCUGCUGAUCAGGAGCCAGAGCCCGAGUCCACCAAGGAUGAGUCUGAGCUAGUACUAGAGGAACCUGACCAACGCAAGGACUUGGAUACUUCGACGGAUGUGAAGCCCCAGUUCCUGUCACGAGCUACAUUGACCGGACUGGCAGACGCAGUGUGGACAGAGGAGCAUGAUACCAUUCUGGAACGCUUUGUCCAGGAUCCCAUGGAAUCCACCCUCACCAUCUUCAUUGACCCCAUCUCUGGGUUGAAACUGGAGCUGGGCAUGCCUGUGCAGACCCAGAACCAGAUUGCGUACUUUAUUCGGCGGGAACCAGUUCCCAUCACCCCGGAGAACUUCGAGCAGACAGUGCAGUUCGGGACGGUGCGGGGUGCCUACAUUCCAGCGUUACUGCGCCUGCUCAGUGGUGUCUACGUCCCUCAGAUUUUCAUGAAUACCACUUGGCCUGAGAGCAUCCGAAAUCAUUUUGUUUCACAUCUGCACAGGUUUUUGGCCUGCCUGACAGAUACUCGGUACAAACUGGAGGGCCACACGGUCCUGUACAUCCCUGCAGAGGCCGUGAACAUGAGCCCCGAGGUGGUGGUAAAAGACAAGGAGCUGGUCCAGCGCCUGGAGACCUCCAUGAUUCACUGGACCCGGCAGAUCAAGGAGGUGCUGAGUGCGCAGGAGUCUGUGGAGACGGGAGAAAAUCUGGGUCCCCUGGAAGAGAUCGAGUUCUGGCACAACCGCUGCAUGGACCUGUCUGGCAUCAGCAAGCAGCUCGUGAAACAGGGAGUGAAGCACAUCGAGGCCAUCCUGCUCCUCUCCAAGUCCUCCUACUUGGCGCCCUUUAUGAAGCUGGCCCAGCAGAUCCAGGACGGCUCUCACCAAGCUCAGUCAAACCUGACUUUCUUGUCAAUCCUGAGGGAACCCUACCAGGAGCUGGCCUUCAUGAAGCCUAAGGACAUCUCUGACAAGCUCCCUAACCUGAUCAGUCUCAUCCGCAUCAUCUGGGUCAACUCCCCCCACUACAACACCAGGGAAAGAUUGACCUCUCUGUUCCGGAAGAUGAGCAACGAGAUCAUCCGCUUGUGCUGUCACUCCAUCUCCCUGGACCGAAUCUUUGAGGGCUACGUCAUUUCCAGCAAAGAGGACCUGCAGGGCUGCAUUUCUUGUUGUCAUGCCUGGAAAGACCACUACCUGCGUGCCGUGCAGAUGCACACCCAGUUCUCCAGUCGGGGCUGGGUUCUAGACCAGACCAGCAUAUUUGCUCAAGUAGACGCCUUUGUGCAGCGCUGUAAGGACCUUAUUGAGGUCUGCGAAUGUCAGUACCACUUCGCACGGUGGGAAGAUGGCAAGCAGGGCCCCCUUCCCUGCUUCUUUGGUGCCCAGGGGCCACAGAUCACACGGAACUUGCUAGAAAUCGAGGACAUCUUCCAUAAAAACCUGCAGAUGCUGCGAGCCGUUCGCGGAGGCAUCCUGGAUGUUAAGAACACCUCUUGGCAUGAAGACUACAACAAAUUCCGUGCCGGGGUCAAGGAUCUGGAGGUGAUGACCCAGAACUUGAUCACCUCAGCCUUUGAGUUAGUCCGGGACGUGGAGCACGGAGUACUGCUUUUGGACACCUUCCACAGGCUGGCUACCCGGGAGGCCAUCAUGCGGACCUACGAGAAGAAGGCUGUUGAUCUCUAUAUGCUGUUCAAUAGCGAAUUAGCCCUGGUGAACCGUGAGCUGAACAAGAAAUGGCCGUACCUGGAGCCAUACAUGGCUCAGUAUUCCGGACAGGCCCACUGGGUGCGGAUCCUGCGGCGACGCAUCGACAGAGUCAUGAAUUGCCUUUCGGGCGCCCAUUUCCUGCCCCACAUUGGGACUGGAGAGGAGAGUGUACACACCUAUCAGCAGAUGGUCCAAGCCAUUGAUGAGCUCGUUCGAAAAACCUUCCAAGAGUGGACAGCAACGCUGGACAAGGACUGCAUUCGACGGCUGGACACGCCACUCUUACGAAUUAGCCUAGAGAAAGCGGGCAUGCUGGACGUCAACUUUGACAAGAUGCUCCUGGUUCUCUUCGUGGAGAUUGACUACUGGGAGCGCCUGCUGUUUGAGACGCCACACUAUGUGAUGAACGUGGCUGAACGCGCCGAGGACCUGCGCAUUCUCCGGGAGAACCUGCUCCUUGUGGCUCGAGACUACAAUAGGAUUAUUGCCAUGCUGUCCCCAGAUGAGCAGGCCUUGUUCAAAGAGCGGAUCCGAUUCCUGGAUAAGAAGAUCCACCCAGGACUGAAGAAGCUGCACUGGGCUCUUAAAGGGGCCAGUGCCUUCUUCAUCACGGAGUGCCGCAUACAUGCCAGCAAGGUGCAGACGAUUGUCAACGACUUCAAGGCGUCCACUCUGACCAUCGGCUGGAAGGCCCAGGAGAUGUCGGAGAUGCUGCUGGUGCGCAUCACAGGCAAACGGGUGUACAGAGACCUGGAGUUCGAGGAGGCCCAGCGAGAGCACCGGAUGACUGUACAGCAGAAGCUGGUGAACCUGCACCAGGAUGUGGUGAACAUCAUGACCAACUCCUACGAAGUGUUCAAGAAUGAUGGCCCUGAUAUUCAGCAGCAGUGGCUGCUCUACACAAUACGCUUGGAUCACAUGAUGGAGGACGCCCUGCGCAUGAAUGUGAAGUGGUCACUGCUGGAACUUUCCAAGGCCAUCAGUGGGGACGGGAAGACGACUCCAAACCCACUCUUCCGGGUCCUUGUCAUUUUACAGAAUGAAGGGCAGGGGGGCGUGGCACAGGUGGAGUUCUCCCCCACUCUGCAGACUCUGGCAAGUGUGGUCAACGACAUUGCCAGUCACCUCUUUGCCACCAUCUCCAUCUUCCGCCGCCUCCCCGACAUCCUCAUCAAACGCAAGAUAAAUCGAGAACCCAUCCAUGUGAUUGUGGAGCGAGAUGAGGACAUCAAGAAGAUCCAGUCCCAGAUCAGCAGUGGGAUGACUAACAACGCAAGCCUGCUGCAGAAUUACCUCAAGACCUGGGACAUGUAUCGGGAGAUCUGGGAGAUCAACAAGGACUCCUUUAUUCGCCGCUACCAGCGCCUCAACCCCCCUGUCUCUUCCUUUGAUGCUGACAUUGCCCGCUACACGGAGGUGGCCAACAAUGUGCAGAAGGAGGAGACGGUGCUCAACAUUCAGUUCGUUCUGCUGGACUGCUCACACCUCAAGUUCUCACUGGUGCAGCAUUGUAAUGAGUGGCAGAAUAAGUUCACCACCCUGCUCAAGGAGAUGGCCGCCGGGCGCCUGAUGGAUCUGCACACCUAUCUGAAGGACAACGCCGAGAAAAUCAGCCGCCCUCCCCAAACACUGGAGGAACUGGGGGCCAGUUUACAGCUCAUGGACACCCUGCAGCAUGACUUACCCAACCUGGAGACUCAGAUCCCUCCCAUCCACGAGCAGUUCACCAUUCUGGAGAAGUAUGAGGUGCCGGUUCCAGACAGUGUCCUGGAGAUGCUAGAGAGUCUCAAUGGAGAGUGGGUCUCCUUCCAACAAAUACUGCUGGACAGUGAGCAGAUGCUGAAGAGACACAAGGAGAAAUUCAAGACCGGCCUCAUCCACUCGGCUGAUGACUUUAAGAAGAAGGCACACAACCUUCUGGAAGACUUUGAGGUCAAAGGGCCGUUCACCAGCGCGGUGGGCCACACGGCUGCUCUGGAUCAGAUCGCACAGGUGCGCGCCAUGCUGAUGGCCAUGCGGGAAGAGGAGAACAACCUCCGCUCCAACCUGGGCAUCUUCAAGAUCGAGCAGCCCGUCUCCAAGGACCUCCAGAACCUGGAGAAGGAGCUGGAUGCACUCCAGCAAGUGUGGGAGAUCACGCGGGACUGGGAGGAGAGCUGGAACCAGUGGAAGACAGGCUGCUUCCUGACGCUGCAGACCGAGGCCAUGGAGUCCAUGGCCCAUGGGCUGUAUCGCCGUCUCACAAGACUAGCCAAAGAGUAUAAGGACCGAAACUGGGAUAUUAUUGAAACCACUCGCUCCAAAAUAGAGCAGUUCAAGAGGACCAUGCCCCUCAUUUCAGACCUGCGAAACCCAGCCCUCCGAGAGAGGCACUGGGACCAGGUCAAAGACGAAAUCCAGCGCGAGUUUGAUCAGGAAUCGGAAAGCUUCACCUUGGAACAGAUUGUGCAGCUUGGCAUGGAUCAGCAUGUGGAGAAAAUAGGGGAGAUCUCUGCCUCUGCAACCAAAGAGCUGGCCAUAGAAGUGGGAUUACAAAACAUUGCCAAAACCUGGGACGUGAUUCAGCUCGACAUAGUACCCUACAAGGACAAGGGCCAUCACCGGCUCAGGGGCACCGAAGAAGUAUUCCAGGCACUGGAGGAUAACCAGGUGGCCCUGUCAACCAUGAAGGCCUCGCGAUUCGUGAAGGCCUUCGAGAAGGACGUGGACCACUGGGAGCGCUGCCUCUCCCUCAUCCUGGAAGUGAUCGAGAUGGUGCUCACGGUGCAGCGCCAGUGGAUGUACCUGGAGAAUAUCUUCAUCGGAGAAGACAUCCGAAAGCAGCUGCCCAAUGAGUCCGCCCUGUUUGACCAGGUCAAUAACAACUGGAAAGCCAUCAUGGACCGGAUGAGCAAAGACAGCAAUGCCCUCCGGAGCACCCACUACCCAGACCUCCUGGAAACACUGAUAGAAAUGAACUCGAUCCUGGAAGACAUCCAGAAGUCUCUGGACAUGUACUUAGAGACCAAGCGCCACGCGUUUCCUCGCUUCUAUUUCCUGUCCAAUGAUGACCUGCUGGAGAUUCUGGGCCAGUCCCGGAACCCGGAGGCUGUGCAGCCACACCUCAAAAAAUGCUUUGACAACAUCAAGCUGCUGAGAAUCCAAAAGGUUGGGGGCUCCAGCAGCAAAUGGGAAGCCGUGGGAAUGUUUUCAGGUGAUGGCGAGUACAUUGAUUUCCUCCACCCAGUACUUCUAGAAGGACCUGUGGAGGCCUGGCUUGGUGAUGUGGAACGGGCCAUGAGGACGACCCUGAGGGAUUUGCUUCGGAACUGCCGAUUGGCCCUCAAGAAGUUUCUCAACAAGAGGGACAAAUGGGUCAAAGAUUGGGCUGGCCAGAUGGUGAUUGCAGCUAGUCAGAUCCAGUGGACAGCUGAUGUCACCAAGUGCCUGAUGACCGCUAAGGAGCGCUCAGACAAGAAAAUUCUCAAGGUCAUGAAGAAGAAGCAGGUGUCAAUACUAAAUAAGUAUUCGGAAGCCAUCAGGGGGAACUUGACCAAGAUCAUGAGGCUUAAAAUCGUGGCUCUGGUGACGAUAGAAAUCCACGCUCGGGACGUGCUGGAGAAGCUGUACAAGAGCGGCCUCAUGGACGUCAAUGCGUUUGACUGGCUGAGCCAGCUUCGCUUCUACUGGGAGAAGGAUGUUGACGACUGUGUAAUCCGCCAGACCAACACACAGUUCCAAUACGGUUAUGAGUACCUGGGGAACUCUGGCCGGCUGGUCAUCACCCCCCUGACAGACAGAUGUUACAUGACGCUGACCACGGCCCUGCACCUUCACCGAGGAGGCUCACCCAAAGGCCCAGCAGGCACUGGGAAGACGGAAACGGUCAAGGACUUGGGCAAAGCGCUGGGGAUAUACGUCAUUGUGGUCAACUGCUCCGAGGGCCUGGACUAUAAGUCCAUGGGCAGAAUGUACUCAGGACUAGCCCAGACUGGAGCCUGGGGCUGCUUUGAUGAAUUUAACCGCAUCAAUAUUGAGGUGUUGUCCGUGGUGGCCCAGCAGAUCCUGUCCAUCCUAUCUGCCUUGACUGCCAACCUCACCCGUUUCCAUUUUGAGGGCUUUGAAAUAAAUCUGGUGUGGUCUUGUGGGAUCUUCAUCACCAUGAAUCCUGGCUAUGCUGGCCGCACGGAGCUUCCAGAAAACCUCAAGUCCAUGUUCCGCCCGAUCGCCAUGGUGGUGCCGGAUUCUACGCUUAUCGCGGAAAUCAUUCUCUUUGGGGAGGGCUUUGGCAACUGCAAGAUCCUGGCCAAGAAGGUGUACACACUGUACUCCCUGGCUGUGCAGCAGCUCUCCCGACAGGACCAUUACGACUUUGGCCUGCGUGCCCUCACCUCCCUUCUACGCUACGCUGGCAAGAAGCGCCGCCUACAGCCGGAUCUGUCUGAUGAGGAGGUUCUGCUGCUCUCCAUGAGGGACAUGAACAUCGCCAAGCUCACAUCUGUGGACGUUCCAUUGUUCAAUGCCAUUGUGCAGGACCUUUUCCCUAACAUUGAGCUGCCAGUCAUAGACUACGGCAAGAUACAGGACACCAUCGAGCAGGAGAUCCGAGAGAUGGGUCUGCAGAUCACACCAUUUACCCUCACCAAGGUUCUCCAGUUGUAUGAAACCAAGAACUCUCGACACUCCACCAUGAUUGUGGGCGGCACCGGCAGCAGCAAGACCACCUCCUGGAAGAUUCUACAGGCCUCCCUAACUUCCCUGUGCCGUGCUGGCGAACCCAACUUCAACAUCGUUAGAGAGUUCCCUUUGAACCCAAAGGCACUGUCCUUAGGGGAGCUGUAUGGAGAAUAUGACCUCAGCACCAAUGAAUGGACAGAUGGCAUCUUAUCUAGUGUCAUGCGGGCCGCAUGUGCAGAUGAGAAGCCAGAUGAGAAAUGGAUCCUUUUUGACGGCCCCGUGGACACACUGUGGAUCGAGAGCAUGAACUCUGUCAUGGAUGACAACAAAGUGCUGACCCUCAUCAACGGGGAACGCAUCUCAAUGCCGGAGCAGGUGUCUCUCUUGUUUGAAGUGGAGAACCUGGCUGUGGCCUCUCCAGCCACGGUGUCUCGCUGUGGGAUGGUCUACACUGACUAUGUUGACCUGGGCUGGAAGCCCUACGUUCAGUCAUGGCUGGAAAGGAGGCCAAAGACCGAAGUAGAACCCCUUCAACGCAUGUUUGAAAAGCUCAUCAACAAGAUCCUGAACUUCAAAAAGGAUAACUGCCACGAGCUGGUGCCCGUCCCCGAGUACAGCGGCAUCAUCUCCCUCUGUAAGCUCUACUCGGUCCUGGCCACACCAGAGAAUGGGGUGAACCCAGCCGAUACGGAUAACUAUUCCGUUAUGGUAGAGAUGACGUUUGUGUUCAGCAUGAUCUGGUCUGUAUGUGCCUCUGUGGAUGAGGAUGGACGUAAGAAGAUUGACAGUUACCUUCGAGAGAUCGAGGGCUCGUUCCCCAAUAAGGACACCGUGUAUGAAUACUACGUGAACCCCAAGAUGCGGACUUGGACGUCGUUUGAGGAGAAGCUCCCUAAGAGUUGGCGUUACCCUCCCAACGCCCCUUUCUAUAAGAUCAUGGUCCCCACUGUUGAUACUGUCCGAUACAACUACCUGGUGAGCACCUUGGUGGCCAACCAGAACCCUGUCUUACUGGUGGGUCCUGUGGGGACUGGAAAGACCUCCAUAGCCCAGAGCGUUCUCCAGUCCUUACCCUCCGGCCAGUGGUCCGUGCUCAUCGUCAACAUGUCUGCACAGACCACAUCCAACAACGUACAGAGCAUCAUUGAGAGCCGGGUGGAGAAGCGGACCAAGGGUGUGUACGUGCCCUUUGGGGGCAAGAGCAUGAUCACCUUCAUGGAUGACCUGAACAUGCCUGCUAAGGACAUGUUUGGGUCCCAGCCACCCCUGGAGCUGAUCCGCCUCUGGAUUGACUACGGCUUCUGGUAUGACCGUAUGAAGCAGAGCAUCAAGCACAUUCGAGACAUGUUCCUGAUGGCUGCCAUGGGCCCUCCAGGGGGUGGACGGACUGUUAUCUCCCCGAGGCUACAGAGUCGCUUCAACAUUAUCAACAUGACCUUCCCCACUGAAUCUCAGAUCAUCCGAAUAUUUGGCACCAUGAUCAACCAGAAGCUUCAGGAUUUUGAAGAGGAGGUAAAGCCCAUUGGGAACGUGGUGACAGAGGCCACCUUGGAUGUGUACAACACAGUGGUGCAGCGCUUCCUGCCUACCCCUGCUAAGAUCCAUUACCUUUUCAACCUCCGAGACAUCUCCAAGGUUUUCCAGGGCAUGCUUAGAGCCAACAAGGACUUCCAUGACACCAAGGCCAGCAUCACCAGACUCUGGAUCCAUGAGUGUUUCAGGGUCUUCUCAGACAGGCUGGUCGAUGCAACAGACAUGGAAGCCUUUAUGGGCAUCUUGAGCGACAAACUGGGCACUUUCUUUGACCUCACUUUUCAUAAUCUCUGCCCCAACAAACGUCCUCCUAUCUUUGGGGACUUCAUGAAGGAGCCCAAGGUCUACGAAGAUCUGGUAGAUCUGACGGUGUUGAAGACGGCCAUGGAGACAGCCCUAAAUGAGUACAACCUGUCUCCUUCUGUGGUGCCCAUGCAGCUGGUGCUCUUCCGGGAGGCCAUCGAGCACAUCACACGGAUCGUGCGGGUGAUCGGACAGCCUCGCGGCAACAUGCUCUUGGUGGGCAUUGGCGGCAGUGGACGCCAGAGUCUGGCCCGCUUGGCCUCCUCCAUCUGCGAGUACAACACGUUCCAGAUUGAGGUCACCAAACACUAUCGGAAACAAGAAUUCCGAGAUGAUAUCAAGCGUCUGUAUCGCCAGGCAGGGGUGGAGCUCAAGACCACGUCCUUCCUUUUCGUGGACACCCAGAUCGCUGAUGAUUCCUUCCUAGAAGACAUCAACAACAUCCUCAGCUCAGGCGAAGUCCCCAAUCUCUACAAAGCAGAUGAGUUUGAAGAGAUCCAGAGCCAGAUCAUAGAACAGGCCCGGGCAGAACAGGUGUCAGAAUCCUCGGACAGCCUCUUCGCAUACCUCAUUGAGCGCGUGCGGAACAACCUGCACAUUGUGCUGUGCCUCAGUCCGGUGGGAGACCCCUUCAGGAACUGGAUUCGCCAGUACCCAGCCUUGGUGAACUGCACAACCAUCAACUGGUUCUCAGAGUGGCCCCGGGAGGCCUUGCUAGAGGUGGCUGAGAAGUACCUCAUAGGAGUGGACUUGGGGACACAGGAGAAUAUCCACAGGAAAGUAGCCCAGAUCUUUGUCACUAUGCACUGGUCCGUGGCUCAGUACUCCCAGAAGAUGAUGUUGGAACUGCGGAGACACAACUAUGUCACCCCCACAAACUACCUGGAGCUCGUGUCUGGAUAUAAAAAGCUUCUGGGAGAAAAGCGGCAGGAGCUGCUGGACCAAGCCAACAAGCUACGGACCGGAUUGUUUAAGAUUGAUGAAACCAGGGAAAAAGUAGAGGUGAUGUCCUUGGAGCUGGAGGACGCCAAGAAGAAGGUGGCUGAGUUCCAGAAGCAGUGUGAAGAGUACCUGGUCAUCAUUGUCCAGCAGAAGCGGGAAGCGGACGAACAGCAGAAGGCAGUCACGGCCAACAGUGAGAAGAUCGCUAUUGAGGAAGUCAAGUGUCAGGCCCUGGCGGACAACGCCCAGAAGGAUCUAGAGGAGGCAUUGCCCGCCCUUGAAGAAGCCAUGCGGGCCCUGGAGUCUCUGAAUAAGAAGGACAUAGGUGAGAUCAAGUCCUAUGGACGGCCUCCUGCCCAGGUGGAGAUGGUGAUGCAGGCAGUCAUGAUUCUCCGAGGCAAUGAGCCCACGUGGGCGGAGGCAAAGCGGCAGCUAGGUGAGCAGAGGACACUGGGAAGAGGCUUCAUUGGUCUGGUGUUUGUUGAUCAAGCUUUCCUGUUGCCAAAUCCUAACCCCAAAGCUUUUUCGGGGACUUUGGAAACAUUCCAGGGGUUGCCCUUCAGACGGCCCUUCUCCAACUUUGAGAACGCAUUCAUCCGUCACAGGGGCAACAGUAUAGAGGACAGUUUCGCGCGUGGGCCCCUCAUGAUGAAUCCUCAGCCCAAGCCCUUCAAAGUUGGAUUUAAAGGAAUUAUGAAGGGAAACCCAGUACUGGAAGCCGCGACGAGCCCGGAUGGUUGUAACUUUAAUGAGUGGCCCAGUCUAAAAUACAAGCGGCUGGUGGGGCAGUGGCAUAACGAGGCCUAUUUUCACGCCGCCAUAGGCUACCUUCUGCAUUUUCUCAUGGCGCGAAGUCACUUGCAGGACCUUCCUCUAGGCUUGUGGAAGCCCAGCUGCCUAGUGGCAUACGUUAGUGUUCGCGAAGCGAAGACGUACUCACCGAAGCUUCGAUGGGAAGCAGAAAUGCGCGAUCUCGCUGUGUUUUUAUCCAACAAACAUACGCCCGCUGCACGGAACGGUUCCAAGAUUAUAACAGCCACCGAGGUGACCGAGCAGCUCGAGACCAGUGAGACCACAGAGAUCAACAUUGACUUGGCCAGAGAGGCUUACCGCCCCUGUGCCCAGCGGGCUUCAGUGCUGUUCUUCGUGCUCAAUGACAUGGGCCGCAUUGACCCCAUGUACCAGUUCUCUCUGGAUGCCUACAUCAGCCUCUUUAUCCUCAGCAUUGACAAGAGCCAUCGCAGCAAUAAGCUGGAGGAUCGCAUCGAGUAUCUCAACGACUACCAUACCUACGCUGUCUACAGGUAUACCUGCCGUACCCUUUUUGAGCGCCACAAGCUCCUGUUCAGUUUUCACAUGUGUGCCAAAAUCCUGGAGACUUCCGGCAAGCUCAACAUGGACGAGUACAACUUCUUUCUGCGUGGGGGUGUGGUUCUGGAUCGGGAAGGCCAGAUGGACAACCCAUGCACUAGCUGGCUAGCCGAUGCCUACUGGGACAACAUCACAGAGCUGGACAAGCUGACCAACUUCCACGGACUCAUGAACUCCUUUGAACAGUACCCUCGGGACUGGCACCUGUGGUAUACCAACGCUUCCCCUGAGAAGGCCAUGCUGCCAGGUGAGUGGGAAAAUGCGUGCAACGAGAUGCAGCGGAUGCUGAUCGUCCGCUCCCUGCGCCAGGACCGGGUGUCGUUCUGCGUCACUUCCUUCAUCGUGUCCAACCUCGGCUCUCGGUUCAUUGAGCCGCCGGUCCUAAACAUGAAAUUGGUGAUGGAGGACUCUUCGCCACGAUCCCCACUGGUGUUCAUUCUGUCUCCCGGUGUGGACCCCACCAGCGCUCUGCUUCAACUGGCCGAGCACACAGGCAUGGCCCAGCGCUUCCACGCCCUGUCCCUGGGCCAGGGGCAGGCCCCCAUUGCUGCGCGUCUCCUACGAGAUGGUGUGGUGCAGGGACACUGGGUGUUCCUGGCGAACUGCCACCUGUCGCUGUCGUGGAUGCCGAACCUGGACAAGCUGGUGGAGCAGCUGCAGGUGGAGGACCCGCACCCAGCCUUCCGUCUGUGGCUCAGCUCCAGUCCUCACCCCGACUUCCCAAUCUCCAUCCUGCAGGCCAGCAUCAAGAUGACCACGGAGCCCCCAAAGGGUCUGAAGGCCAACAUGACACGUCUGUACCAGCUCAUGACGGAGCCACAGUUCACACGCUGCUCCAAACCUGCCAAGUAUAAGAAGCUGCUGUUCGCGCUCUGCUUCUUCCACUCCAUAUUACUUGAGCGCAAGAAGUUUUUACAGCUGGGCUGGAAUAUCAUUUAUGGCUUCAAUGACUCCGACUUCGAGGUGUCAGAGAACCUGCUGAGCCUCUAUCUGGACGAGUAUGAGGAGACGCCCUGGGAUGCACUCAAAUACCUCAUUGCCGGUGUCAACUAUGGGGGACAUGUCACAGAUGACUGGGAUCGGCGCCUGCUCACCACCUACAUCAAUGAUUAUUUCUGUGAACAGGCUCUAACGACUCCCUCCUACCGGUUGUCUGUACUGGACACUUACUUCAUCCCCAAGGAUGGGAGUUUGGCCUCUUACAAAGAAUACAUCAGCUUGCUGCCCAGCAUGGACCCCCCUGAGGCCUUUGGCCAACACCCCAAUGCUGACGUGGCCUCCCAGAUCACGGAGGCCCGGACCCUCUUUGAGACUCUGCUUUCUCUGCAACCCCAAAUCACACCCACCAGGAUUGGUGGCCAGAGCCGAGAAGAGAAGGUCCUCGAGUUAGCUGCUGAUGUGAAGCAGAAGAUUCCCGAGAUGAUCGACUAUGAGGGGACCCGGAAGUUACUGGCUCUUGACCCCUCCCCACUCAAUGUGGUCCUCCUGCAGGAGAUCCAGAGAUACAACAACCUGAUGAGGACCAUCUUGCUGUCACUGACAGACUUAGAGAAGGGCAUCCAGGGCCUCAUCGUAAUGUCAACCAGCCUGGAAGAGAUUUUCAAUUGCAUCUUCGAUGCCCAUGUCCCUCCACUCUGGGGAAAGGCGUAUCCCUCACAAAAGCCUUUGGCGUCAUGGACCCGGGACCUGGCUGUGCGUGUGGAACAGUUUGAGCUGUGGGCCAGCCGAGCGCGCCCUCCUGUGAUCUUCUGGCUGUCUGGCUUCACGUUCCCCACCGGUUUCCUCACGGCUGUCCUGCAGUUUUCAGCUCGCCAGAACAAUAUUUCGGUGGACUGCCUCUCUUGGGAGUUUAUAGUUUCCACUGUGGAUGACAGCAACCUGGUGUAUCCACCCAAGGAUGGUGUCUGGGUUCGGGGCCUCUACCUGGAGGGUGCUGGCUGGGACCGAAAGAACUCUUGUUUAGUGGAGGCAGAGCCCAUGCAGCUGGUCUGCCUCAUGCCCACGAUCCACUUCCGACCAGCAGAGAGUCGCAAGAAAAGUGCCAAGGGCAUGUACUCCUGUCCAUGCUAUUACUAUCCCAACCGGGCAGGCAGCACAGAUCGGACCUCCUUUGUCAUAGGCAUCGAUCUCCGAUCUGGAGCCAUGACAUCUGAUCACUGGAUUAAGAGGGGAACUGCCCUACUGAUGAGCCUGGACAGCUGAUCAGCGCCCCCCACGCCCCGCUUCUUUCCUGCUGGAGAGGGUCGGGAGCCCUAAGACUUUGACCUAAAGCUGGAUCUCCGGCUUUGAUCUUAGCUGAAUCCAGCAUAUAAUGGUGCCCCGGAGGUACCUAGUGGCGCUCAGCACAGUAAAACACAUGCCAACCCAA